CAUUUGAUUCAAUCAAAUUUAAAAUAUCAAAGAAGGAGGGAGCAGUGUGGUUCAGUAAUGGGAGCAGUUAAAGAAAUAGAAUUAGAAGAAGAAGAGGAAGGAGAGCGUGCGUUUUCCGAUGACUACUUCUUCGACGGAAUCGGCAAACCCAUUCCGAUCCUCAAACCCAUCCCCAAUGCCCCGUCUCUUUUCUCCGACUAUUGUCCCGGUUCUCCCAUCGCCGUCUCCCAAUUGCACCGCCUCCUCUUCGUUGCUCAUCCCUCCGGGUUUUAUGUUGCCAGAACUAAGGAUGUUAUGGACCAGACAGACGGCGGCAGUUCAGUGCAAGAGCUGAGCAUAGCUGAUGUCCCCAUCGCCAAACUUCACAUUCUUUCACUCUCUUCCGAUGAUUCUACGCUGGCCGCUGCUGUCGACGCGCAUGUCCAUUUCUUCCGCAUUCAUUCUCUUCUCAAUCAGCAACUGAACCCGUUCUUCUCCUGCUCCUUGCCCCAACAAGCGACUGCUGAAUUUUGUUUUGUCAAGGAUUUCAAGUGGAGGAGAAGGCCCGCAGCAGCAGCAGCAGCUUCUUACAUUCUUCUCUCCAAUCAACGCAGCCUAUAUCAUGCUGCUGCUCUUUCCUCUCCUCUCCAACAUCUCAUGGACAAUGUGGAUGCCGUUGAAUGGAGUUUCGACGGAACCUAUAUAUCUGUGGCUAAGCAGAAUGUUCUCCAUAUUUUGUCCUCUAAAUUCAAGCAAAUAUUGUGCAUAUCUCUGCCCUUCAACUCAUGGACUGCUGAUUCUCCCGACGAAUCCACUGUUAAAGUGGAUUCUAUCAGGUGGGUGCGUCCUGAUAGCAUUGUUAUUGGAUGCUUUCAGCAAACUGCAGAUGGCAAAGAAGAAAAUUACCGCAUCCAAGUACUUAGGAGCAAAGAUGGAAAAAUUGCUGAUGCUUCUUCAAAGGUCUCUGUGUUGUCAUAUUAUGACUUAUUUUCUGGUCUAAUUGAUGACAUUUUACCCUAUGGAAAUGGACCGUACUUGCUUUUGAGCUAUUUAGAACAAUGCGGCCUUGCAAUUACAGCAAACAAGAAGAAUACAGAUCAGCACAUUAUGUUACUUCGAUGGUCAGUAGAGGAUGAUAUGAGUGAAACUACAAUUGUUGAUUUUGAUCGGGAUACUUGGAUCCCAAGGAUUCAUCUUCAAGGUAAUGGCGAUGAUAACUUGAUCAUGGGGCUUUGUGUUGAUUAUGUUUCCCUCUAUAAAAAAGUCAAAGUCGAAGUUGGGCUUCAAAAGAGAGAACUUUCACCAAGUUGUGUUCUUUUCUGUGUUACACUUGAGGGAAACCUUGUUAUGUUUUAUGUGGCAAGUGCUGCUGAACCUACCACUUCAUUUGAAAAUGAAUAUACCCUUACUGAUGAGGAAGAAGAUUCAGAUUUGCCUGCAGUAUCCGUCGAGUGUAAUCUUCCAUUUGGGUUAGAAAAAACAGAUUUCAGCCUUCAACUAAAGGAGGCGAGUGACAGGGAGCCAGAUAUCAUUAAAGGUAGUGAACAUCCUACAAAGAAAGACCUCAUGCCUUCUGGUAACAGCAAGAGUUCAAUGACUGCAGAGCAAAUAUCACCCAAAGAUGCUAGUACUGAAGGGGCGGAAAUGGAAACUGUAGUGAACAUUAAGCCAUCUGUCUCUGAUGGCCAGGAAAAAGCUUUUGUCACAAAGAUGUUCCUAGGUGUAGAUGGUCAACAGGUGGAGUCUCUUAAGAAUCAAAGCAUAAAUAUGACACAAUUCUCUCUUAAAAAUUCACCCCAAGAAGGGACUAGUUGUUUUGUCAACCGUUCCAGUGAAACUGAAAAUAAAAAGUACAGUGAAUUCAGACCUGCUCCUGCUUUCUUUGAGAACGCUCCUUCAGUUCCCAGCCAAUUGAACAGUAAGGAUGUUGUUCACCAGCCUAAGGAUUCACGAGUUUCAUUUGGUUCAACUGGUUUACAAGGUGCACAAUCUGAGCCAUGGUUAAGUGAAAAGGUUACAUUUUCAGGGGGCCCUGAAAGUAGAUCUUCAACUACGGCUUCUGCUCUUGUUCAAGGGCAUACAUCUGAUAAAAUUGGUGUUAGUGUUGGCACAGGAAAUUUUCCUGGGGCCUUUGCUGGAAAGCCUUUAUAUCUGAGUGAUAGUGUUGGUAAUAUUCCUUCAGCAGAUUUUUCUGUUGGACCAGCACAAAAUGUGGGGCAGAAAGCUUCAGUGAAAACUGGGAUGAUUGAUUCAUUACCUUCUAUUCGUAGCUCGCAGUUGCCACCUCAGGAUUUUCUUACAUUUGGAAGGUCUGCGAGCCAUUGGCCUUCCACUUCAAAGGAUGCCCGCAAAUUGUCUUCCCCAUCAAAUUCUGAGCCAUACUUAUCAAGACAAUUUGGCAAUAUUAAAGAGAUGGACAAAGAGUUGGAUUCACUUUUAGAAUGUAUAGAAGAACCAGGUGGCUUUAAGGAUGCAUGCCUUGUUUCCCAAAUGGGUUCAGUUGAAGCUUUGGAGGAUCGCAUGGAAAUGCUGUUUGGAAAAUGCAGAAUGUGGAAGAGCAUGAUGGAUGAGCAGCUUGGAGAAGUCCAGCAUCUUCUGGAUAAAACUGUACAAGUUCUGGCCAAGAAAAUAUACAUCGAUGGUAUUGUUAAGCAAGCCUCUGAUAGCCGUUAUUGGGAUCUUUGGAAUCACCAAAAGUUGGGUUCUGAACUUGAGCUGAAGAGGCACAAUAUAUUGAAAUUGAAUCAGGUUUUGACUGAUCAAAUAAUUCAACUGGAGAGACAUUUUAAUACCCUUGAACUUCAUAAAUUUGAUGAAAAUGGUGGAGUUUAUAAAGGUCGGAGGGCAUCUCAAAGUAGAUACGGGCCUUCAAGACAAAUUCAGUCCCUGCAUAGUUUACAUAACACAACUAACUUGCAAGUAGCAGCGGCUGAACAACUUUCAGAAUGCCUGUCAAAACAAAUGGCUGUACUGAGUAUUGAAUCGCCUGUUAAACAAAAGAAUGUGAAGAAGGAACUAUUUGAAACAAUUGGUAUCCAAUACGACCCUGUUUUCAGCUCUCCAGAUUCAACAAAAGUUGGCAAUUCCUCUUCACAGAAGAUUCUACUUUCUGGUUCUGCAUCUAACAGAUCUCAGUCUAGAAGACGCCAUUCAAGUGCUAUAAAGAGUUCCGAUUCAGAAACUGUGAGGAGGAUAAGAGACUCGUUAGAUCAGAGCUGGGUUAAUUUUGAGCCCACAAAAACAACUGUAAAGAGGGUGCUUUUGCAAGAAACUCAGAAGACAAGUGUGAAUAGGCGACAAGUUGACUCUCCUGGGGUGGUUAGAUCAGCAGUUAGUCACCUAAAGGACCUGACUUCUCCUUCAACGCUUGUGUCUCAAUCUGGACACAAAGGCAUUCAACACACACUCUAUAAACAGGCUUUUGAAGCAAAAUCAACUCCGUCGAAAUGGAGUAAUGAGUCCCUUGUGCCAUCUCAAUCUACAUAUCAAGGAAUGGGCUUGAGGACUCCUUUCAUGGAAAGCAAUGAUGAUGUACAGCCAUCAAUAUCGCCAUUCCGAGCAUCACCUAUGACAAGGCAAAUUCUUGCCAGUGAAACUAGCAAUGUGAUGGCAGAUAAAUUAAGUGGUAGCAGCUCUACCAGGAAUUCUGAUUCGGUGUUCAUCAAUGAGAGCAAGUCAAUUCUGCUAUUUGAAGAAAGGGCUGCACUUUCAAAUUCCGGGAUUCAAUCUAGUAAUAGUGGACCAACAAAUGAAAAAGGUGUUUCCUCCCUUCCUGGAAAAGCUCCCCAGUUGAGUAUUGCAGCAAGUGGAAGCCAGCCUAGUGAAAAAACAUCAUUUUCUCAGGCAUCCUUAAUGCCACUUUCAUCUGCUACAUCUCCAGCUGUCAACUCAUCAACAAAAUUUGCAACUUUUGGAUCUAAUUUAUCUUCAAUUGCGCCAUCCUUGUCGGCUAUCAGAUCUAAAACCAAAGUUGAUGUUAAUGAAGCAGUUUCUUCUCCGGCUUUUCCUUGUAACUCCUCCCUUCAGGCUCCCAGGUCACUGUUACCUUUGCAUACUCCACCUGCAGUUUCAGUUUUAUGUAAAACAGAGCUUCAAUCUGCUAGUGGAAAAAUGCCACCCCAUGUGAAUCCAACCCUACCUUCAAUAUCAGAGCCUGGUAAAACAGAAGCUCAACUUCCUUUAGGUAACACCUCGCCUUCUUCACUUUCCACAUCAGCCUCUCCUCAAUCAUGUCUUCAAUCUUCAGCUGAUCCAACUUCUCUUUUGACGCCAGCGCCGUCUGCAUCGCAGUGGCAACCUUUGCCAGAAAAAUUGAAGUCAAGUACAGAUGCGGAUACCUCUACUGCAGCUCCAAAGGCACAGCCUGAAAUUCCUACAUUUAGUUUGAAAGUUGAACUUCCAGAAUCAUCUGUUCGUGAAACUGACACUUCAACUGGGAGUCAGUCCAGUUUGAACAGCAUGGCAAGUCCUAAACCACCAUGUGAUGUUUUUGAGGAAUCAUUAGCUUCUGAUAGUGCUGCAAAUAGAAAGAACACAAACUCAGAUUUUGCAAUUACUGAAGAGGAUGAAAUGGAGGAGGAGGCUCCUGAGGUGAUUAGUUUGGGAAGUCUCGGUGGUUUUGGUCUUGGCUCAACCCCUAACUCAAAUGCUCCAAGAACAAAUCCAUUCGGUGCUUCAUUUGGUAAUAUAGGAACAAAUCAAGCAAGCUCCUCAUUUACAAUGACUCCACCCAGUGGAGAACUCUUUAAGCCUGCAUCAUUUAGCUUUCAACCUCUACAGCCCUCCCAACCAUCUCCACCGACAAAUAUGGGUGCAUCCCCUGGUGGUUUUGGUGCUAAACAAGUUGCUCAAACUCCUGCACCAAGCGCAUUUGGCCAGCCAGCACAGAUUGGAGCAGGACAGCAAGCACUAGGAUCAGUUCUUGGUUCUUUUGGACAAUCAAGACAGUUUGGUACUGGCAGCUUUCCUGGUGCUGGUUCAGUGGGAGGUUUUGCUACUACUAAUGCAAUCAGUGGCUCUUCAAGUGCAGCCACCAGUGGUGGGUUUGCAGCUGCUGCUUCUACUGGUGGUGGCUUUGCUGGUUUGGCCUCAGGCACUGGGGGAUUUGGUGGAUUUGCUGGUGGGGGCUUGGGAUCAGGAGGUGGAGGGUUUCCAAAUCCUUCUUCUGGAAAUGGUAGUUUUGGGGGAGCUGCUGGUGGUGGAUUUGCGGCAGCAGGAGGUGGAUUUGGAGCUUUCAACAGCCAGCAGGGAUCUGGUGGUUUUUCGUCAUUCAGUGGUAAUACAGCAGGCAAUCAGCCAGGAAUUGGCAGUUUCUCAGCUUUCGGUGGAAGUACAGGAGGAACAGGGAAACCUUCGGAACUCUUCACACAAAUGAGGAAAUAGGUUAAGGACCACUGGUUAGAUUGGAUUCGAUGCUGCUACUCGAGCUAUAAUGUUGUUGUUUAUAAGCAAAUACAGCUAUCUUUCUCACCAGAACAGGUUAACAACGGAUGUUAAAAGAAGUAGUAAAGAAAAAGGAGUAAAUUCGAUAUACAUAUAUAAAAUUAUUCUGAUUUAUGUUAUUGGUAUUAAAGAAAGUACUAAUCAAUGAAAGGCAACCUAGAGUUUAGGAUUGUUUGGCA